AUGAAGACCUCUAUAUGCGCCACUCUGCGUAUUUUGCAGGCACUACUCCUAGUCCUGGUGGCCGUGACUGCGGCAGACAAGCUGCCCUUCGCCAGCCCUCCCGUGGCCAUCCUGCGCAGCGCCCAGGUCAACCCCGACGAGUUCGGCGCCCACAGCACCCAGUUCGAGGCCGAGAACGGCAUCGUGUUCGCGGUCGCUGGCUCCGAGGGCGCUGCGGGAGGCGCCAACGCGGCCGGCUCCUGGAGCUACCCCCUGGAGGACGGCAGCGUAGCGUCCGUCAGGUUCGUGGCCGACGAGAACGGCUUCCAGCCCGAGUCGUCGCUCCUGCCCGUGGCCCCCGCCUUCCCCCACCCCAUCCCCCAGUUCGUCCUCGACCAGAUCGAGUUCGCCCGCCUCGAGGACGAGGCCAAGGCUCGGGAAGGCAUCCUCAUCCAAGCUUAA